AUGCGAGUCUCCAGUUUCUCUCUCCUGCUUGCGUGGGUCACCACUUCUGUUCACGGCAGUGCCGGCGAUAACCAAGAAGCUCGAGUCGCCGUUCCUAAAAAUAUUGCCAUCAUCGGUGCCGGAGCAGCUGGUUCAUCAGCCGCAUACCACUUACAAAAAUACGCCGAACAGGAAAACAUCAAUGUCAACGUCACAGUGUUCGAAAAGUCGAGCCGGAUUGGCGGCCGCACGCUGACUGUCAAUGCCUUCGACUCUCCCGCGCUCCCUGUUGAACUGGGUGCAUCCAUCUUCGUGAACGUAAACCACAUCAUGUACAAUGCCACCCGUGACUUCAACCUGUCCGUCAAUGACCUCGAAGCCACUCUUGCAGGGGGCGAUAUCACAGCCAUCUGGGACGGCAAGACCUUUGUCUACCAGAGCAUCAGUGGCCAGUCGUGGUGGUGGGAUGCCGCUAAGAUGUUUUGGAAGUACGGAACAAGCCCAUACUAUGCCAUUAAGAUGGUGAAUCGCGUCGUCGGCAGCUUCCUGAAGUUGUAUGAGAAGCCGCAUUUCCCUUUCAGAUCACUCACGCAGAGGGUCUAUGAGCUAGAGCUGGCAAGCAUCACCAGCGUCACGGGGGAGCAGUUUCUCCGCCAAAACAAUAUCAACCCUGAUUUUUCCCGAGAAAUCAUCCAAGCUGCCACUCGGGUCAAUUAUGCUUCCAACUUGGCUUAUAUCCACGGCUUGGAGACAAUGGUCUCGUUCGCCACAGACGGCGCUGUCCAGAUCCUUGGAGGCAACUGGCAAAUAUUUGACAACAUGAUUCAAUCCAGCAAGGCUUCUGUCUACAAGGAGACCGCUGUGACCUCUAUUUCCCUCAGUCCCCUCCAUGACGCCUCUGCGCCCAAGUAUCAGCUCGCGACCAAAGACGUCUCCUCCAACCAAACAGAGGAAUACCCAGUGACCUUUGACAAGGUAAUAAUCGCCUCGCCAUGGCAGUAUAGCAACAUUUCUGCUCAGGAGGGCGUCAUUCGCCACUCCAUUGAUACCAUUCCCUACACCAAGCUACACGUUACUCUCUUUGCUUCUCCUUUCGCUUUACGACCGGGAUUCUUUGGCCUUGAACCUGGAAGCAAGGCACCCAGUACUGUGUAUACUACGCUGGGCGCCGACGAAGAGCCUCAUAAGGGAGCCGAAGGUGUUGGCAGAACCGGAUUCUACUCCAUCAGUACCCUACGGACAGUCAUCAACCCCAAGACAGCCAAGAUCGAGUAUCUCUACAAGAUCUUCUCCGCCGAGGCAGUCAGCGCCUCGUUCUUAUCAGAUAUUCUUGGUGCCAAGGUCCCAGAGACCUUCACCACAGUGCACGAGGAGACGGAGACCAAGGACGCCGGAGUGGACGUCAUCUCCUGGUACCACCCGCACUGGUUCUACUCCUACCCGAUCGAGCUCCCCCGUGUCACGUUCCAGGAUCCGAUCAUCGGAGAUGGCCUGUACUACACGUCGGGAAUCGAGAGCUUCAUCUCCACAAUGGAGACGAGCGCACUGAUGGGUAUGAAUGUGGCGAGACUGAUUGCAGAUGAUAUCACGGAGGCGGAGGAGUCACCCUUGUACAACAAUGAGGAGCUGUAG